AUGGCGACGGAUAAGUAUGCGCCACCGGAUCAGCAUUCGUGCACAGCUCCGGACAGCAGCUGGCUGAGUCGAGGCCACAAGAACCAGCCGCAGUGGAAUGCCCUCGGCGCGGUGUCGUUCAUCCUGAUUUCGGGGGGCAUGAGCCUGGCCUGGGGAGCCGGCUUUGCCGUCCAUUCCGCCCAUCGCGAAGAGCUGCUGAUGACGUCCCACAUGGAGGUCUCGUGGUAUGCGGCUGCCACCGUUGGGGCAGUACUCGGGGCACUCUGCACCCAUCGCCUACCCCUGCAGCCCGUCUAUAUAUUCGGAUCCUGCCUGGUGCUGGUCUCGGGCAUACUCUUCCUGGCCUGCCACGAGUGCCCGGCGGCCAUCAUCACAGCCCGCUACCUGGACGGACUGGCCAAUGGGCUGGUGUUUGUCCCAGCCAUGGCAACGGUGGGGGAGAUCUCUGUGCGCGGCAUGCGCGGACUGCUGGCCUCCACGGUGGAGCAGCUGAGCUGCAACACUGGCAUCCUGAUGCAGCUGCUGUACACGGCCGUGUGGCAGGUCGACUGGAACGUGACGAUUGCGGCCGACCAGGUGCACGGAGUGCUCAGCAUUGUCUACGGCGUGGUAGCCCUUGCUCUGGCCUCGACGCUGUGCGUAGAGUCUCCGGUCAACCUGCUGCUCCGCUCCGAUGAGCAGCAGGCGGUGGCAGCUCUGCGGCACCUCCAACGACCCUACAUGGUCACAAGUGAGACCCUGAUCCAGCUGGACGAGCACAAGCACUAUGUGGCCACCAAUCGAGAGAUGAGCUGGUGGCAGAGCGUCCGGAUGGGACUGCCCCCGCUCCUCAAGCUACUGGCCCUUCGAUCCCUCAAUGCCCUCUGCCUGACGCUGGUCGUGUGGAGUGCCCUCUACGAGACGGCCGUCCAGGUGGCGACCCACUAUCAGGCCUGGCCCUAUGUGAUAUUCGGUGUGAUGCGGUGGUGUGGCUGCUUCUGCGUGCUUCUCCUCGUGGACACCACAGGCCGCAAGAAGCCCACGUUGUUUGGCUGCUUUUCCUGCGGUUCCUUCGCCCUCGCCUUUGCCACCCUGUUUGGGCGCACUCCGCACAUGAUAACGGCCCUCGCACUGCUGUUCAGCCUGCAGUUCUUUGCUGGAUUGGGGCAAACAGCGUCGGCGGUGUAUCUCACGGAGGCCUUUCCCCUAGCCGUAAAGCCCCACUAUGUGGCCGUGGUCUAUGUCAUAGAACUCUUCCUGCGACUCAUCUUCUGCAGCUUCGCGCCUAGUCCUGCUGGAAUUGUUGCCUACUUCUAUGUCCUAGGAGGUCUUUCCAUAGCAUUUUUCUUCCUGGGCAUCUUCUGCCUGCCGGAGACGAGGCUCACGACGCUAUCGGAGGCCCAGCACAAGUUUAGCAAGUGGUUUAACAAGGAUUUCUAGGAUCUAACAUAUAUA